AGAGAAAGAGAGACGAACGCGCACGAGCUAGCUAGCUAGCUCGCUCGAUCGGCAGAGUCAUGGCGCCCAGCUUCGCCCGCUCCAUCUCCUUCCCACUCAGCCCGUCCAGGUCAUCAACGUCGUCGUCGGGCACCAAGCCCCGCGCGGGGGCGGCGGCGGCGGGCUCCACCGCCGCGGCGUACCACGCGCGCUCCGUCAGCCUGCCGUGCCGCUCGCACCCGAUCCUCGCGCACCUCCACGCGCACAUCGGCGCCGUGCGCGCCUGGGCACAAGACCCGCCGGCCACCUCCGCCCCCGGCGCCGCCGCGGGCCUGGCGCGCGUGGACGCGCUCCACGGCGCGCUCGCCGACCUGCUCGGCCUCCCCGAGGCGCGGGCCGCGCUGUCGCUCUCCGCCACCGGCGACCGCCUCCUGGACGCCUUCCUCCGCCUGGCCGACGCGCACGGCAGCUUCCAGGAGGCCGUGGUGGAGCUGAAGCGGGACGUGGCCGAGGCGCUGGCCGCCGCGCGCCGCCGCGACGGCGCGCGCCUCGCGUCCGCGCUCAGGUCGCAGCGGAAGGCCGCCAAGGACCUCGCCCGGCUCGCCGCCUGCGCGGCAUCCGGCGGCGGCAGGCCCUCGCGCCUCGGCCUCAGCCUCGGCCUCGGCGGCGCGGCGGAGGUCGAGGUGGCCGGGCUGCUGGCCGAGGCCGCCGCUGCCACGGCCGCCGCGUCGGCCGCGCUGUUCGGCGCCGUCGCCGCCAUGUCCGCGUCGGCCUCCGCGUGCUCCUGCAAGAGGACUGCGGCGCUCGUGUGCCUCACCAAGAAGGUGCCGGAGGAGGAGAAGGAGACGGCGGCGCUCGUGGAGAGGCUGGAGGAGCUGGAGGAGUGCAUCGACGGCCUGGAGGCCGGCAGCGACAAAGUGUUCAGGAGCCUCGUGCAGACCAGGGUUGCGCUGCUCAACAUACACACCCACAUCGUCUAGCUCCAGAGUCCAGACUCCAAUCUACUAAUUAGUAGUUAAGCAUAUGCAUGCUGUUUACUUGUUGAUUAGCAGUCGUCGAAAAAUGAAGAUGCAUGAGUGUAACUGUAAUUCUGUAAAUACGUGAGCUUUUUUGUACA